AUGUGGGAUGACGUUGUAGAAGAGGAACCUCAGGCAGCGCCCGCCGCGGCUGCAGCCGAAGCGCCUGCCGAAGGUGCUCCGGCCGCUGAGGGUGCCCCCGCUGAAGGUGCUCCAGAGGCCGACACACCGGCACCACAAAACUUCGAAGACGCUAACAAGCCUAAGAGACUCGUCUGCAAACAUUGGGUCAGGCCGACCUUCUCCACAUACAACUACCUCUACGAAUUCCAGAAGAAUUACUACGACGACCUUAUCAACUAUAUAGAUAGGCGUAACAGGGGUCUGCCAGUCGAAAGGCCCAAACCCCAGACUUGGGGCGAACGCGCUCUCCGUUCCUACUACUCCAAGAGCUACAACUACGACAUCGCCAGAUCAACGAAACAGGAUAGAUACCUCCUCCACCACAUCUCUGUGGGAGCGAAGUUCCACCGCGCUCAUACUAAGUCCUUGAUCUCUAGGAAGUAUUCUAAUCUCGGAUUUAACACAGUGAUUACGUUAUCGUGA